AUGUCUUCCCUCGCUCGUCCCAUGCUACGCUCGCCGGCUUUCCGCGUCGCCGCCCGACGCUUCGAGAGCACUGCCACCCAGAAGGCUACUGAGAAUGCUAAGCAGGCUGCCUCCAAGGCCACCGAGAAUGCUAAGCUGGCUGCUUCAAGGGCCCAGGAAGGUCUAUCGCGCGUCACAUCUGCUGCUGGUCCUGCUAUCGCCGGUUACGCCAAGGGCGUUGCCAAUACUCUGGGCAAAGUCGGCGGACGAACGGGCAAGGUCGUUGGCUUCGUUGAGCGACAAGUCCCCUUCGUCGUCUACUACUCCAAGGUCGCCCUUGAGGUUGGCAAGUUUGUCUUCCAGAACCAGAAGAUGAGCCCUCCUAACUUGGCCACCUUCCAGAACACCUACCAGAACAUCAUCAAGUCUGUCCAGAACCGCACCAUUAUCCAGUCUUCUCAAAACGCUAUCCAGCAGGUGCGGAAUAUCGGCCCUGCCCAGCUCGCCGCUGGCGGUGUUGUUGCGGCUGAGGUCCUCGGCUUCUUCACCGUCGGUGAGAUGAUUGGCCGAUUCAAGCUUGUUGGCUACCGUGGCGAGACCUCUUCCCACCACUAA